UGUGAAGGUUGCAGAAGGAGAGAGAGAAAGAGAAUUUCAGCCAAGCAGCGAACGAACAAUUCGCAUCCGUGUUUGUUGCUAGUCUGUGUACAAACAUCGCGCGUGGAGAGACAUAUUAAUUAAAAUAGAAAAAAAUAUCGACUGGUUGACGUCGUUGUCACCAUCGUUGUACAUGUUUAUUACAAAAACGACUGUUUAUUGAAUUAUGGAGUUGAAUUUGUGUGCCUGCCUGCAGUAAUACACGUCUAUUAAGCAGUUAAGUGCAAAAGAAGUGGAUUAUCGAGCAAAAGCCAUUGCCAAGUACCAGUAACUAACCAUGCAACUGAUGCAACCAGCAUAACUUAUCAUUUGGUUUUUACUUAUAUUAUCUACCUAUAUAUAUCUACAUGUAGUUAAAACUAACAGAUAAUAAUGCCAAUGAACAGGCAGAAUUUAUUUGAUCAUAUCCCUCCUCUUUUCCACCCACUCUUCAAAAUUGAGGGUUGAGAGGGGCCUCAACUCAAGACUUACACUUUAGCACUUGCUACAGUCAUUGUAUCAACAAAUAAAUUAAUCAACUCUUACUGGAUAUAUUAAAAAAAAAAAAAAAAAAAAAAAAAAAAAAAACAGCCAGUGUUGAAACUUUGCUAAUUUAGUAGAGAGAAGAAAUCCAAAAGGGAAAGAGAAGACUACUUCCAGGAAAAGCGUUAGGUGUACGUGUGUCCUUACUCGUUGACCUCGUCGUACUUGCACGUGUUGAGUGAUCCAUACAUCUAAAAAAAAAAAGCAAACAGAUAAACAAGACAUUCACGUCGUGUCGUUGUGAACCCUGGAGAAGAUGGCACAUAUGUAAUUGUUGUGAUUGUAUCUCAUUGCACGUGUGUUGGUCUGUGUAAACCCAUAAUCAUCGGCAUUAUCAGUAAUAGAAUUAGUGCAACAACAACGCAGUAUAAGCCUGCAAGACGAUCAAGCUUUAUAUGUACAUACGACGAAAACAAUCAGUGUGCAGCUGUCUCUUUCUUUCAAUCUACUCUUCAAGAGCAACGUCGACGUCGACGUGUACUCACAACACACCACCAGCUAUGUAUACGUGGUAGUGCGUGGGAGUGAGUGUGCAUACCUAGUAAGCGCGAGAGAGACGAGAGUUGAUAUCGGAGCAAUCGACGAGCGAGUGAGUGAUAUAGAGCUCCCCUUAUGUCAAGCCACUCGGCGGCUGCUCGUCGGGGAGUAAGCAGUAGCAUCAACAGCAGCAGCAGCAGUUGUUGUUCAACAACGACGACAACGACGAGGAGUCGAAGGAGGAGGAGCACCAACGACGAGGACGUCAGGAGAACGAGAAAGAGAAGGAGCCGCGCCGGCGCUACUUGCAGCAACAGCAGUAGUGACGAAAAAGCCUAGUCGCCGGCUUCAACAUGAAGAAGCUCUUCUCCAAGAUCGACAACACUGCUGCAAAGGAGACCAACAGCUACCUGGGCAAGGUCUUCGUCGUCGGCCGGCACACCGUCACCGUCGAAGAGGUCCUUGCCGAAGGAGGAUUUGCCAUAGUCUUCCUAGUCAAAUCUUCAGGUACUCGCUAUGCACUCAAGCGCAUGUACGUCAACAACGAACAUGACCUUAAUGUUUGUAAAAGAGAAAUACAAAUUGCGAGUAACUUAAGUGGACACAAAAACAUUAUAGGAUAUGUAGACAGCAGUAUUACACACACAGGAGGGGGAGUUCACGAACUCCUUCUCCUGAUGCCUUAUUGUAAAACCCAAGUUCUUCAAAUUAUGAACAACAGGUUACAAACAGGAUUUAGUGAACAAGAAGUGCUUCAAAUAUUUUGCGAUACUUGUGAGGCUGUGUCUCGCCUGCAUCAUUGUCAAACUCCUAUUAUACAUAGAGAUUUAAAGGUGGAAAAUAUUUUGUUAGCUGAUUCCGGGAAUUAUGUAUUAUGUGAUUUUGGCUCGGCAACGGGAAAAGUGCUUAAUCCAAGCGUGCACGGAGCCUCCGUUGUUGAGGAGGAAAUUAAAAAAUAUACGACGCUUAGUUAUAGAGCACCAGAAAUGGUCGAUAUGUACAGUGGAAAGUCUAUAACAACAAAAGCGGAUAUAUGGGCUCUCGGUUGUUUGCUCUACAAAUUAUGUUUUUUCACUUUGCCUUUUGGAGAAAGCCCUCUUGCUAUUCAAUCUGGAAACUUUACUAUUCCAGAUAAUUCAAGAUACAGCAAAUCGCUGCAUUGCUUGAUUCGUUACAUGCUGGAACCCGAUCCAGAUCUGAGGCCUGACAUUUAUCAAGUGUCAGCAGUGGCAUUUCAAAUUUCAGGGAAAGAAAAUCUCGUUCAAAACUUACACAAAGUUACGACGCCAACGGUAGAGAACUUACCUUGCCCGCCUCUAGAGUCAGAGUCGAUCAAACGCUCGUUGUCUAUUAAAAUACCAAAAAGUGCUCCAGUAACGACUGUCGAGGGUACAUCCGUGACACCGAGACAGAGGCCCAAGGGCCAAAACGUGACCACCGGCCCUAUAAGCUUGAGUGGCCAAAUAGUCAGUCAAAUAUCCGGCCAGGGUAAUCCGCAGCAGCAACAACAACAGCUGAGCCCUGCGGGCGGUGGCAACUCCAUCUCCUACGUGCAGGUCAAUCAACAAAUCACACCCAUCAACACUCCCCAAGCUUUCCUCCAGCCGCUCCCGAGUAACAGUAGCCAGUCGUCUUUCGCUCAAGUACCAGCGCCGCAUAUUCCCUCGCCCGGCCAGUCUACCCCCUUUGGACCACCGCCGUUUAGCCAGUCACAAAGCCCGAUGUCCAGUCAUUCGCCCCUAACUCAGCAAUCGCCGGUCACAGUGCCAGACAAGAGCUCCUAUUACUUUGAUUCAAGGCCGCACGAUGCCAGACCACCAGCUGCUCCAGGAAAUGAAGAGAACCUGGAAGCCCUCUUUCCUCCUUCCGGUUACCCCGAUCCGUUCAAAGACGACGGUCGCUCCCAGCCCUGUCCUACAGGACCCGCAAAAAUUCCACCGCCAGUUGCACCGAAACCCAAUGCCUCGAAAGUCGUGCAGAAGCUGAUCACGCCUCCAGGUGGCACGGCUCCCCCGAACAAGUUCUUACCGACCGGACAGCAGCAACAAUCAACUUCCGGAUCCAUGGCUGGACAUAACGUCAUGGCACCGCCGCCCGUCACGCUGCCCAAGCCUGUCAACAAAACGGAGAGCCUCAGCCAAAACAUAAGCUCGAGCAGCUCGCCCCCCGAGAGCCCAACCGUGGGCUCUACUUCGCGGCAUCGGCGGAACGUCAGUGAUACUAGUGCGUUCAAUAAAAACGUCAAUAAUUUCAGAGUUUUUGCGAACGAGACCUCCCAGUUCCUAGCCCCUUACGAAGCGUCCGUAAAACCCCGCACCGAGGACACCUCGUCGCCGCCUGAAAUACCCGUGGACAUGAAACCCGGGAUCGGUGCAAGCGCAUCACAUGGUGAAUUGUCGAGCAUCUCUACGACGGAGAAUCGAUCGCUGAGCGUCGACGUGGCCGCCUGGAAUCCAUUCGAGGAUGCCCAGCCGUUCAGUCAACUCACGGAGGACCAUAUUUUCGGUGCCGAGUUCGACAAGAUCCGAAGGGGCAGUAACAGCAGCAUCGCCGGCGUCAAGAGCCGCGAAAGCCUCGUCAUGACCUAUUCGGACUUGCCGAAGGAUCCGUUUGAGUCGGCUCCAUUCAGUCUGCCGACAGGCAAAAAGAGCAAAAUAGGAGCAAAGACUGCAGCCAUAGCUGGAGGUGCAACCACAACGAGCAGUCCACCGAAGCACAAGCCACCCCAGCCACCUCCGUUAACGGUCCGACAGCAGCCACCGCUCCCACCACCGCUGCCACCACCAACGGAACAACCACGCGUCCCAGCCAAGCUCCCCGUGCAGUGGAGCCCGGGUAACGCCCCAAGCGCCGCUGACGAGGAGGCGUCGCUGCUCCAGCCCCAGCCGUCGACGUCCAGCCCCAUCUCCCCGCCGUUCGUCCGCGCGCCCAUCGAGGACCGGUCCAAGUACGAGAAGCUCGCCUUCAACGCGGACGAGGUGUCCAGCGACAGCGAGGACAAGGACAAGCGCCGGAGACAGCUCGCCGAAAAGAAGAAGCGCCGCAGGGUGAAGGCCGUGCUGGACCGGGCACGCAAGAGAGUCGCCGAGCACGGCAGGCACGAGCAGCACUCGGAGCCGGGGCCCGCGGACCAGUCCAAGAGGCGGGUCGAGUCGGACGAGGACUCGAUCGGCUCGGCGAGCGAUUUGAAAGCCAUGAACGACGACGAGGACGACGAGGACGGGGAGAGGGCUGACGGCGACGAGCGGCGAGCCAAGGCCGACGAGACGAUAUCCGAGAGCGCGAGGACCUGCGGUAGCUCGGCCUACCACGCGGAGUGCGAGUCCGUGGCGACUCACGAGGACCCCGAGCAGCUGAGGGCGCGUCGGCUCAAGCGCAUCCACAACCAGCUGCAGCAGCAGCAGCAACAGCGACAGGCGCCGCCCGCUGACCCGGUGGUGGGACACCAGUAUGGGGAGCAGCCUCUCUUGCUGGACGACGAAUUGGACCCGGAGUCGAAGCCCGAGCAGACUCGGGGCGACCCGUUUGUCAAGCACCAGUACAAGUUCAAGAGCCACCACCACCACCACCAGCCGAAGCAGUUGAUGAUGCUGAACGGUAACAGUUCGUCCGACGAUGUCGAGGACGAUGACGAUGACGACGUGAAAGUAGCCGAGAAGUCGGAGCCGCGUGUCCUCAAAAAUGGGCUCUGGAAGCUCGACGAGGACGUGUUUGCGCUCGCGCCUUUUCCCCGGCAGCGUAGUGGCUCGAGGAAGAGUAGCGGUGGCAGUGGUGUGGCUUGCGAGGAACAGAACAACCGAUCCGUCACUCCGGUGUCCGUGGAGACGUCGCAACCCCCAGCUGUGACCUGCUCACCGGUUAUAUCGGGCAACCUGGUGGACAUAGAUACGGGCAACGACGCUGGUGGUGACGACGAGGACGGGGACAAUCAGAGCGGCGUGACGAUACUGCACCAGCCGAGGUACGUCUUCGAGGGCAUUCCAACGCCGCCGAGGAAGAUCAGCUUCGAGCAGCCGAGCGGCGAGAUCCAGGAAAAGGACCUGUUUGGCUCGUCGCCCUUUGAGUCGAGCUUCAACAAUCCGUUCGACAGCGUGUCCUCCUCCGUGAAUCGUCAACCGGUGCCUGUCGUUGCGCAGCCGGUCGACGACGCGAAAUCCCUCUACGACUUUUCUCCCAUGUCGCCACCGGUGGUCGCUCCCUUCUCCUCCUCCUCCUCCUCGAAGUUUGGCCUGGUGACAGUAGUGAACCCGAUCGUCUCGAACUCCGCUGUGUCGUCGAACGCGAGGCUCGAGGACUCUUCGAAGGACUUGUUUGGUUCCAUACCGUUCGACGAGAUAACGUCGCUGGCUCCGAGCAACCCGCAACAGCAGAGGCCCACGUCGCUCCCCCUGACCCAAUCGCCGACUUUCGUCGACAAGGCUCUCAACACGAUCCUCUCCAGCACCCACUCGGCCCAGCUUCCUCCCAUUUGUAAUCCGACCUAUGGUAUGCCCCUGAACAAUCUCCAGAGCCAGGAGAGCUCGCAGUCGUUGUGCAUGGAAGAGGAGGCCGAGGAGAUCGGGGAAGUCGUAGGGGCCGGCAACUCGCCAAUGUCGCCCGAGCCUCUAGUCGCCCAGGACGCGUCCAAGUUCAAGAAGCACCUGCACAAGCACUCUCACCACCACCACGAGAAGCCGUCGAAGCACGAAAAGUCCAAGUACUACCUGAUCAACGAGAACCUCGGCGACAGCAUCAACGUGCUGCCCUCGAAGAUGUGUCUCUCGACCUCGUUGUCGUCCAAGAGCGCGAAAAAGUCGUCCAAAAGCAGUAAAAAGGCCACCUCGGCCGUGGUCACGGCUGGAUUCAGUAACCUCAGUUUCGAGGACUUUCCGAGCGACGAGAACAACGACGAGAGCCUCAGGCACGCGGGCACCAGGACGGCUUACGAGGUGAUCAAGGAGCCCCAGAAGCGAUUCGGCUCGCUCAAGAGACGGAGUAAUCCCUUCACGUGAGACAAGGACCGGGUGACGAUUGUGGAAGGCUUUAGGAGACUUUAACGCAAUCGAUGUCGCAAGCUAACGUACAAGUGCGAAGGAAUAAAAAAGGUCAGUGCGCGACAUUGGUUUAGUUGUUGUUGUUGCUCGCUCUGCCUUAUGCGGUAUUUCGUUUCUAGUGUUGUUGUUAUUUCAUGUGAAUUUUCCUACUUUACUUGGAUCUUUGUAAGAAACAUACACUCACCAAUAAGUGUAACGUAGAUUAUUUAUUUUUCUUAUUUUUGUUUUGUUUUGGGGUAAUCUUUUCCGAAAGAUUUUUUUAAUGCUCUAUUUCAUGAAAUCACUCUCAGCGUGCAGCAUAUGUAUUAAUCACGUCACCUUGGUACUUUGAUAAUCAUUUGGCAGCUGUGUAGAGUGUAAGAUAAUAUUGUACCAUGAAUUUUGUUCUUUUUAGUAUCUAAAAGGAAUUCUAUUUCAUUAGUUUAGAUUUUUUUUUCGUUUUUCAAGUCUGAUGUGACUCGUAAGUGGGCAAGCCCAUAAAAAUAAAUCGAGUGUCAUUCGUAUUUAUUCACAUGUGCAAACUUGGAUCAAGU